CAUAAUGUUAUAUACGACACCCGCUGUUAUACUUAUCUAAUAUAUUUAGCCAUGGAUUUAACCAAACAUAAUUCUUAAAAUAUCUAGUUAGAGAAUUUCACACAAAUACCUAACGUAUAUGAUUUCGUACCUUUUUUAUCUGCACUCUGCAGUAGAUCAGUAUAUUAUACAUUUUAUAACAUCAAAAAUACGAGAGAUGUAGGUAAGUGGUGGGCGUCAACUAAACUUGAGUGGCGGGGGAAUUACCUUCCUGGCGGGGGUCAACUAGACCAGUACCCUUUUCUGGAUUACACAUUUACACAACUUGUUGAAUAAUUUUAAUUAUUUUUCUUUUAACUUUCUCUAAACAUUUGUUAAACAUGUCGCUUGAACAAGCCACUAUUUUGGAAUAUGAUAUUGUAAAUCAUGAUCACAAUUACUCUAAAAUUCAAGAUGAAGCUGUAGAACCUCAAGAACAAGUACCCGCUGUUCUUUCUACGCCUAAUAUCCAGCCACAUUGUUAUACCAUAAUUCCGGGUAUACAAAGAACCACAGAAAUAAUUCGUGAUAAUUUAGGUUUCAUGUAUUAUAAGAACAAAAGUACUCAAAAUAAAAUCUAUUUGGCAUGCUUGGAAAAAAAACAAGGAGGCCAAUGUACGGCAACUGCAGCCAUAUCAUCAGAUAGAGAAAACAAAAGUUUUAAGUUGUCAAAGCAACAUAACCAUCUAGUAAAACCGUUUGACUUAGAUGUUCCAUUUCUUCGAGAACACAUAACAGAAAAGGCUUUAACGAAAACUGUAAAUUCAUAUGUUCCUCGUGGUAUAUACAUGGAAUCAAUUGUAAAUUUUCCAGAAGCUGCAAAUAACUACACCUUCAUUCAGUGUGCAGAAAGAAUGAGGCGAUUGCGACAAGGAAUGUUCCCAGCCACACCUCAAAAUAUUUCAGAUUUCCAUGAUUUGCUAAACAAUGACAAAAACCAAACGUUUACAUUAACAUUGCAAAAAUUACAAUUUUAUCAAGGCCCGUUGGUAGUAAAUGGAAUUAUUAAAGGUGUCCUGUAUUGCAACAUAGCCCAUAUUCAAAAAAUUGAACAACAUUUAAGAAAUGUUCGUGUAGCUGGUUGUGAUGGUACAUUCAAAACGGUACCAAAAUUUUUGGAUAAUGAUGCUUAUCAGAUAUUUUCUUUCCAUGUCCUGUUCAAAAAUGUUAGCUUCCCCCUAGUUCAUGCUAUCCUCACGGGUAAAACACAGGAUAUCUAUUUACAACUCCUGAGGUAUGUCAAAAGUGUGUUACCUUUAAACUAUGCAGAUUUAAUUAUAAUAACAGAUUAUGAGUAUGAUCUAAUUAAUGCCGCAAAAAUAGUAUUUCCUGAGAGUAAAACUCAAGGAUGUUAUUUUCAUUUUUGCCAGGCAGUCGUUCGGUACACUAGAGUUAAAAAAUCUCAAAUUUUUCAUUUAAUAAAAACCAAUUCAAAUGCAACAUGUAUAUUAAGAAUGAUUUUAGCUUUGCCAUACUUACCGGCUACAAGAAUUGAUGCUAUACCAUCAAUGGAAGAUGCUUUCAAUGAAGUCUUAGAAUAUGUAAACAAUUUCCCUGAUUUAGCUGUGCAGUUAAAUGAUUUUUUAAUUGAUUAUAUUUGGAGAUAUUGGUUUCUAACAAUAAGCCCUGAAAAUGUCUCAGUAUAUAAUCAGGAAAUAAGGACAAAUAACUACAUUGAGAGUUAUCAUGCUUCGUUGUUGAGACUAAUUAAACCACAUCCCAAAGUUUGGGAAUUCCUCAGUAUGGUUUAAAGUUCAAUUUUUAUAAUUGUAUCAUCAUAAGUGUCAACUAAUCUUUACCUAUGUGACAAUAAUUGUGUUAGAAAGAGUAACUAAAAUUUAAAUGUUUUAUGUGUUUUUGUUACAGGAAAGGAGAAAAUAUAGUACUUAGAACCUUUACCUAUACAGUUUAAAAAUAAUAACUACCUAUUUUCAAUAUUAAUUUAUGUUUAUGGCUUUUAUUAUGAUUUUAUGUAUUAUUUAUGGAUGUUCCAUAAUCAAAGCAAUGUUUAACUGUGAAUUUAUAGGAUAUUUGUUUUAAAAUUGUAACAUGUUUGGGUAUUCAAUUUUUGUAGUAAGUAUACUUAAAUGAUAGACUAUUAACAUGUUGAUUCCCAUUAUUAUAUUAUUAAUCAGAGUAAAAAACAUAUUUUGAAUGAAUUUCCAGUAAAUAUCUACUUUUCCAGUAGUUAAAAAUAAAAAUUAUUUCUAGCACUGCAAAUAAAAUAACUAGCUUGUGUCAUGAAUUAUAAAUUCACAUAAUUCAUUAUAAAGUAUGUAUAUUUUUUAUGUAUUUUAUUGAUAGAAUGUUACUACAGGUUGAUGGAUAAUAGUUUUUUUUAGGAUUGAACCAUAAAAUACUAUUAAGCUUAAUUUUAACUUGGUAACUAAUUAUUAUUAUAUAUUUACAGAUCAGUUACAAUUCUUAGAAAAUCAAUAUAAUAUUGAAUUUCAACAAUUGAUAAAUAAUUUGAAAAUACGACGAACCAAACAAAUUAGAAAUCAUAAUACUCAAGUUAUAAGGGGUUUGUUACAAGAGUUGGUGAUUGACAGGGAUCCUACCCGAAUAAUAAAAUUUCUAAGACGAGCUGGGCAUAGAGUCGAUGGUUAUAUAGCACAGGAGAUUGGUAUUCACCUUGAUGAUGAAUAGCUUAAAUAACAAAUUAUAGCCAAACAUAUAGCUAAACACCAGCAAUAGGGAAUUAUAAUUUUUAUUUUUUAUAAUUUUGACUUAAAUUUAAAAUUUUUUUUAUUUUAUUUUUGAAUAGAUAUUUUGUUAAAUUUAUCUUAAUUUUAAGGUUAUCUAUAUAUUUUGUAUGACAAUGACAUAGAAUCGAUUUUAAAUGUGAUUAAUACUUUGCGUUUAUUUUACUAACUAGAAACUUAAUUUAUAUAUUUUUGUUCAAAUAAUUAAUUUGGUUAGGUUAAUUAUGUAUAUGCACCUAAAUAUAAGCAAGGCUGGGCACUAACGAGUUAAAAACUUUUAUUUUAACUAUGUUAAGUUAUUUAUACAUGUUAUAUUAUUUGAUUUUAUAAUAUUUGUGUACAGAAAUUCAUUUUAAU